CCCCGCACGGCCACCCCCGCCGUGGUGGCCACGAUCGCCCGGCUGAAGCGGGAGCAGCCCGGGCUCUUCGCCUGGGAGAUCCGGCGGCAGCUGCACACCGAGGGGAUCUGUGCCAGCGGAGGCAUCCCCAGCGUCUCCUCCAUCAACCGCGUGCUCAGGACCCUGCCCAGCGACCUCCGGCUGCCGGCCGAGCCCCGGGACCCGCGGCCACCGGUGUCCCCUCCGGCCGCKCCCGCCGUGCUCCCGGGGACCCAGGGCUCCGGUGCGGGCUGGCGGCUCCCGCUGGGCCCCCGGCACGGGAGCAGGAGCAGGAACAGGAACAGGAACAGGACCGUGUUCUCCAGGCAGCAGGCGGAGGCUCUGGAGGAAGAGUUCCAGAGGGGACAGUACCCGGACACGGCCACCCGGGAGAGAUUGGCCGCGGCCACCCAGCUCCCGGACACCACCAUCAGGGUCUGGUUCUCGAACCGCCGGGCCAAGUGGCGACGGGAGAACAAACGGCAGCUGGAGGCUGGCGGGGCAGCCCCUCCCGGACACCCCCGCGGGCUCGGCGCAGCCCCUCCACGGUCACGGCCACGGUCACGGUCACGGUCACGGUCACGGUCACGGUCACGGUCACGGUCACGGUCACGGUCACGGUCACGGCCUCGCCACCUCCCCGUGCGCCCCGGCCCCGCUGCACCUCUGCGCCUCCGGCCCCUGCGCCUGGGACGACGCUUGCUGCGGUACCUGGGGCCGGGACCCCGGCACGGGCAGGGCGGGAGCUGCCGGCGGCUGCGGGACCCCGGGGUCCCCUGGGUGUCCCCCGCCCCGGGGGCGAUGCCUGAGCCCCGUGUCCGUCCCGCAGGUCUGGUUCCCGGCGGGACCCCCUCUCCCGCACCCUGGCAGCCCCUGGAGAGCCCCCGCUUCGCCCUGCUGCCCCCCGGGCUCACCCCGCUGCCAGCCUGGGGUCCGGAGCCCCGCUGA